AUGGGCACCAUGGAGAUGGUAAUGGGAUCAUCAAUGGAAAAUAUGGAACCCAAGAGAGCUUAUGUUACCUUCUUGGCAGGAAAUGGAGAUUAUGUGAAAGGGGUUGUUGGAUUAGCUAAGGGUUUAAGGAAGACGAAAUCUGUGUAUCCUCUUGUGGUAGCUGUCUUGCCGGACGUACCAGAAGAUCAUCGGAAGAUCCUCGAGUCCCAAGGAUGUAUUAUUCGUGAAAUUGAGCCCAUACAUCCACCGGAAAAUCAAAAUAUUCAGUUUGCCAUGGCAUAUUAUGUCAUCAACUACUCAAAACUUCGCAUUUGGGAGUUUGUGGAGUAUAGCAAGAUGAUUUACUUGGAUGGAGAUAUUCAAGUUUUCGAUAACAUUGAUCACCUCUUUGACUCUGCCAAUGGUUACUUCUACGCCGUUAUGGAUUGUUUUUGCGAGAAAACAUGGAGUAGUACGCCUCAGUACCAAAUCGGCUACUGUCAACAGUGCCCGGAAAAGGUACAAUGGCCACCGGAAAUGGGACCUCCACCACCAUUGUACUUUAAUGCUGGGAUGUUCAUUUUCGAGCCAAAACUUUCAACUUAUUCUGAUCUCUUGGAAACUCUCAAAAUCACCCCUUCUACUUCAUUUGCAGAGCAGGACUUUUUGAACAUGUUUUUUAGGGACAUAUACCGUCCUAUCCCUCCAAUUUAUAACCUCGUUUCAGCCUUGCUUUGGCGACAUCCUGAAAAUAUAGACCUCGAACAAGUUAAGGUUGUUCACUAUUGUGCUGCGGGAGCAAAACCAUGGAGAUACACCGGUAAAGAAGAGAACAUGCAGAGAGACGACAUAAAGAUGCUGGUCGAGAAAUGGUGGGAUAUAUACGUAGACGAGUCAUUGGAUUAUGCAAACGACUCGAAGGAAGAGAAAACAUCAGUUCCAGUGCUAUCAGAGGCUGGUGUUAUUUACCAUGUUACUGCUCCAUCAGCAGCAUAA